AUGAAAUACUCAAUUUUGGUCCCAACAGCUAUUUCAGCAGUCCUGGUCGACGCCGUCUUCGACGCUAAUUCCAAUUCCAACGUCGCCGUUUAUUGGGGCCAAGCUUCCGCUGGCUCUCAACAGUCUCUGGCCACUUAUUGUCAAUCAUCGGAUGUGGAUGUGAUCCUCCUGUCGUUUCUACAUUCUUUCCCAGAUAAUUUGAACCUUCAUUUCACGUCAGACUGUGCUACUACGUUCCACAGUGGGCUUUUGCAUUGCGAAGCAAUCGCCAAUGACAUCAAAACAUGUCAAAACCUGGGCAAAAAAGUCUUGCUCUCCAUAGGAGGCUCCACCGGUCUGUACGGCUUUCAAAACGAUAACCAAGCUUCCGAAUUCGCAACCACCCUCUGGAACACUUUUGCCGGUGGUUCCAGUACCGAACGUCCCUUCAACGACGCGGUCGUUGACGGAUUCGAUUUCGAUAUCGAAAAUCGUAAUGCAACCGGGUACAGCGCUUUGGCCAAAACGUUGAAAGAUCAUUUCAGCAAAGCCAAUAAACCAUACUACCUAUCAGCCGCCCCGCAAUGUUUUUACCCCGACGCCUCCGUGGGCGACCUUCUCGCCAGCGUAGAACUGGAUUUUAUAUUCAUCCAAUUCUACAACAAUGCCUGUAACGUGGAUGCACACUUCAAUUGGGACACUUGGGCUCAAAUGGCUCUUACGGGCACAAAUUCCAAAGCCAAGCUUUUCCUGGGCCUGGCAGGAUCACCAUCCGCUGCUGCGUCCGGCUAUCUGCCAGAUCUCGAUAAAGUGCGGUCCACAAUUGAUACCAUCAGCAAAGGUACCAAUUUUGGUGGCAUAAUGCUGUGGGAUGCUUCACAGGGUUUCGCAAACCAGGUAGACGGCAAAAGCUACGUGACGCAGAUGAAGGGGAUCCUAGAUUCCGUCCGCGGGAACCAGCAUCAAAAUAAUGCUGAGAAUAAAUCCAGCAUACCGGGCUCCAGCAAUGACAGCUCUUCUGGCGCCAGUACUAGCACGGUGACAGAAUAUUCAACGUCCACUUCUGUCACAAGUGCAUUGAAUCUUACGCCUGCUACAAACAAUCCCAAGCACAGUGCUACGCGUGUAUCGGCCUCGCAAGGAUCCACCACCGAGAGCUUUCUCACCGAAAUAUUGAGGUUUACGAAGAGAGCCCUGUUCUAA